CGUUGAUAUCAACAUAUUGUGUGCAUGGACUAUAAAAUAUUUCAAAAUACUGCUCGCCAGCCGGGUUCAAAAUAUCAGUUACAAAUUCCUGUCGUAUUACUCAACACCACGCUUCAUCUGCCUUGAAAUAAUCUCUCCAUUUGGUGGGACAAAUCGCGACAGCAAGCAUUCAAAUUCGGGCAAUUUUAAACGUUAAUUUUCAAAGAAUGGAUUUUUUGUUGUGUCUAGUCGAACCUUCGAAACGAACUCGAAGCUGUUUUUAAUAUAUAUUGUUGCAAUUUUAUUCCGUAAAUUGAAACUCUAUUGGGUCGUAAGAACAUUUUUAAAGAAGAUAUGGCCCUCGCAUCCUGUUUAAUACAACUCGGUAAGUUGCCAAAUUGAAACUAAACGUUUUAAACUAAAUUUGAUAAUUUGAUCUUAUACUGUAUUGACACACUAAUAUCGUCUGUGAAUUUGUUGAAAUCAUGUUCGCACCUUCUCAAUCUGAUAUAGUUUUUAUCCAUAUAUCAGCAAUUAGCAAUUACUCUGUUUCUUAUGAAAACAUACUUUACAUGCGAGCAAAGUAAUUGUUUUUAUUGCCUCCUACGGUAUUACACUGUUCUCGUAUAAAGCUUUGCUUUUUAAUCACUAUAAUAAAUUUAAAUACCUUAUCAAUAUCGAAAACUUGGGUUAUACCUUGUACACUUCUAGUUCUAGGUUAUUGGCAGCAAAAUGAAUAUGCUACAAGUCCUACAAAUGGUAGUAAACUAACAAAGUUUACCAGAACUUUAAGGAAUAUGAGAGAUUUAGUUUAAAUUGCCUUGCGAUUAUAGUCGGUAAAAUAGAACCCUGCAUCAGUGCAUACUAGCUUUUUAAUAGACAUUUAUAAAUAAAUUAUAAUUAACAGAAAUGUUUUGAUAAAUCCUUUAUCUCGAUUUGAGAUUACAUGUAAAAUCAUUCUUGAUAUUUUGAUCUAAAAUUGUCUAUAUAUUUGACAGUAGUUGCCUAUGUUACCCAAAAUGAAUUUGGAAGAAAGACCACAAUGAACUAAGGAAGGGAUUUAUUGUAAUCACCCCAAGGCCCAAGUUAUAGAGUUGCCCUUCAAUUAGUAAAAUUAUCUUGGCACCUUGAGACUGAUUAAAAAAAAUAGGAGGUUGCAACACAAUAUAAUUUUGUAAGAUAUAGUAGCAACACGUAAAUAUUUUAAUCGUUCUGCAGGAAGUAACAUAUGACUAAUUAUGGGUAGUUAUAACUUGAAUCUCACAUUUUAAUUAUGUACAACUGGAAGUGAGUACUUAAAUGCUCGUCUACAAGACCCUUCAACUAUUAUUGAAUCCAGUGAAAUAUGCCAACAAUAUCCACAGAGGAAAUACCUAAUAUGUAACUCAGUGAACAGUUUUCCGAAACGCAAUUUCAGUAGCUAAUAACCCAUUGAGUAGCCUGCGUACAGGCUGUCUGAGGGUGAGGGACAGCCUGCAACCAUCACCCCAUGUUUUCGAUUUUCGCCAGCCGAACCACUGGCUAAAUUCCCAUUGGCUAGCUGAGGCAAUCGGUAAUUAAUUAACCUAGGCAUAGACAAAGGCUCUCGAUAAGCUUAAAAUUUGAAAAUUGAUCACUUUUUUCGAUUACAAAUGGAACAAGAACAGACUGUUUAUUGUUUACUUGAAGGAAGACAUGUUUUUGCCGUUAUGCCAAUGGGAAUUGCUUGUCGUGAGGUGCUGGAAUAGCAAAUUACGAGUGGGGUAAACUAUAGUAACCUUUACUUGAGUUUCAUUAAUUUCAAACAGACUUCAGUUGAUAUGUUAUGUGUUCUCACUUCCUCAAGAAAAUUAUCUUUUGGUUGAUGUUGAGAUGCAGUUGCAUGUAAGGACUGUAAGCCUAUUCGAAACACUUUGCGAUUUACAAGGCUUCACUGAGAGAGCGAAACAGAAGGCGGUAUUAAAUUGCCGUUCGAAACGAAACGAUCUGGACUCGGAACGCUCUCUUCUUUUGUAGAGUUUUUUACCAAAUGAAAUAACUGAAAUAAAUUUUGUAAUUUCCGCCGCCAACAAGAAUUGCACACACGAUCUGAUAAGUGAGACAAUUUAUUUAUAACAAUGCCAAUGGCGACAGCGAAGCACACAUAAUAUAAAUCCUAAUGUGGUUGCACGACUUCACUCAUGAUUUGAAGUUUGAGACUGGUUUUCUGUUGAAAUUCGUCCUAAUUUGCUUGUUCCGAUUUUAGUUGAAAAUGAGCACUUGCAAAUUUGGCAAUUACUGACUGCGUUGCUUGCUUUUUUGGAGUUAAAACGCAGCCAUUUACACAUUGUUUAUUAGUGUUCUGAAUAAGCAGAGAAAAACUCGCAACAUUUUAAUGCGAGUUUGUCUGUUAAUAUUUGGGUGCUGUCAUUGGUUCUUUUUUGACAAUUGACGCGCGAAUGGGGCGUGUUAUGAAAAGGGGCGUUUUACAAAAUACCGGGCCUUGCUUGCAGGCCCACUAUCAGUUCCCUUGGGCCUGCACGCAGGCUACCCAUUGAGUGGCACACUCUCCCAUUGACAGAUUAAAAUCAUCUGACAUUAGACAGAGUAAAAUAAUAAAGUCUAGAGAACAUUGCCACUUAAAGGUUUAACAGGAUGCAUUGACAGACAGUGUAAUUAAAACCCAUUGAAAUACAUUGUGCACUGCAUGAUGCGCCUCACUUUAUUUUAUUUUACUCUGACUAACGCUGCUGUUACGCCAGAUUAUUUUACUCUGUCUAAUGCCAGAAUAUUUUACUCUGUCUAAUGCCAGACAAUAAUAUACAUGUCGAGGGAGACCGUUGACAUUUAAGCGCACCCAUUGAGUGGCUCAGCACUUUCCCCUUGAUGAGCAAAAUCGUCUGGUGUUAGACAGAGUAAAAUAAUAAAGUAGUGUUCAUCAGGGCACAUUGCCACUUAAAGGAUUAAGACUGAUAUAAAUCUGCAGGCUCCUAGAUUUGAUCUCCACCAAUUACUGCAUCCAAAUUUGCAAACAAUUCAAUUUGUAUGUAUUUGCACAAUUAUACAGUAUCAUUAGUAAAAUAUACAUCUACAAACUUUGAUUUAAACAAAUUAACCAAAUUAAGUUUCAAUACAUGUAUUGUACUCUAUAAAAUACACUCUACUUGAAGUUAAUUGACUUUGUUUCUUACAAUUUUCUAGCGGCAAUGGUUGUCACUUUUAAUGGACAGAACUCUUUGGUUAACAUAACUGGUCCUGCAUUGUCUGAUGAUAUAUCAUCUAUGAUAGUACAGUUUAAAACGACUCAGUCAAAUUCACAAAUUACUGCAACAAUGUCAGGAAACCAAUCAUUUGCCAUAAAUAUAAAAAGUGGAAUUUUAAAGCUUGAAUAUGACUUUAACCAGACUGGUAAUGGAUCCAUUGACAUAGGUAUGAAUUAUAAAAAAAUAAUGUUUGUCAGUAUAAAACAGAUAUUUAAAUUAUUUAGCUUAACUAGUUAAAUUAAGCUAGUUAAGUAAUUAAACUAGUAAUUAAGUGGCUUAAUUAUUGGGUUGAUUAGCUGAAUUAAGCUUAAGUUAAGAAGUGUUUGGAUAUUAAUUUUCAAUGUUUUUAGGGUUGGUAAACACAAACAAGUGGUUUUUACUUAACAUUACUUCAAACGUCAGUUUCACACAUAUCUACUUGAGCGAAAGUGAUGUUUCUAUAACAACAACAUGUGCAUCCAAGUUUACUGCUAGCAAAAACAUCACUUUACUUGGCCAAGAAUUUUCCAAUUUGCUAAAAACAUCGGGUUUCAAAAUUGGUGGUCUCACUGAUGACAAAAGUUUAAAAUCUUUUGAAGGCUGUAUUGGUUUGUUCAGUCUAAAUAACCAUGUCAUAGACUUGUUAAAUAUGUCUAAAGACAGCCAACCUUUUAAGAGGAAAAUCAUGGGUACUUCGAAAGGAUGUCAAUGUGGCAGUAAUCCUUGUGUAAAUGGUGUAUAUGUUUGGGAUGGGACAAAAGGCAAAUGUGAUUGCAAAUGUAGUUUAGGCUACCACGGGGAAUUUUGCAAUCAGACAAUGAGAGAAGUUUCAGAGGAAGAUGAUGUCGACUCUGAGUUUAUUUAUAUUGUUGUCGGUGUGGCGGUGGGUGUUCUACUGUUAGUGACAUUGGUGGUUUGCGUGGUGGUGUAUAUUAAAAGAACCAGUAGUUCUGUGUUUGGAGUUUAUAAUCCCAAAAGUCAAGAGCAGAUACAAGGACAGCAAAUGAAUACGGCAUUCACGUUACCUAUACCAGAAAAGCUGAUAUAAUCAUGCAUGUGUCAUGUGAAUCCAGAAGUUACUGGAGUCGUUAAAAAUUAUUUAAUGCUUAUUUAUACUGUAUAUAUAUACCACUCAAUCCACAUAUAUGUAUGAUUUGUUCCAUUCUGACAUUUCUGUGUUGGCUUACAGUACAUUAUGAUAACAGUACAUACUGUAUGGUAGCUAAGCUUGCGAGACUGUACAUUUUUUAUGUUGUAUAGCUGGUUAUAGUGAGAAGAGAUUUUAAAGAUCUUAUAUUUUUAUAGUUUUGUGUUACGAGCAAAUUUUUUUAAGCUAGGGGGUUGCUACAUCUGACAUACUGACCUAGUUAUCUAAUAUUUUAACUGCCAUCGACAAAGACCGUUAUUUUGGCAUUUAUAAGUGGGUAAACAUCAAGUCAUUUUUGACGUGUUGUAGAGUAUUAGCUAUUUAAAUAUUUAUUAAUAGGCAGAGGUCUUUAAUUUUGUAAAUUAUAAUAUCAUAUUACACAUAUCUUUCGGGUAACUUUACAGCAUAAGCCAUAACUGUUAUUGUUCUGUUUUGUUUCACCCCGCCCUUUCAGAAAGUAUUCAGUCUUGGCUAUAUAGAGCCAUGUUUUCGUGACUAGAGAUAUUGGAUUUAGG